AUGGGUGCACCUUAUCUAAAUACACGCACAUUACAACAACCUCGUGCAAUAUUUAGUAGAAUCCAUAUUUUGUUACAUUUUUCAGCCAUAUUAGGGUUACUAUACUAUAGAAUAAAAAAUUUAUUACAAGGAGAUGAUGUAUCAAUUAUUUCAUGGGGACUUAUCACAAUUUCUGAGGUUAUUUUCACUAUAAUAUGGUUAGUUACACAAUCCUUCCGCUGGCACCCGGUAGCUCGGUCCGUCAUGCCGGAAAAUCUUCCGGCUGAUUCCGAGUUACCAGGCGUCGACGUGUUUAUAUGCACGGCUGAUCCUACUAAGGAACCGGUUCUUGAGGUUAUGAACACAGUUUUAUCGGCUAUGUCACUCGAUUAUCCACCGGAAAAACUCUCCGUUUAUCUCUCCGAUGAUGGUGGCGCCACCGUGACGUUGUAUGCUAUGAAGGAGGCAUGUGGAUUUGCUAGGGUUUGGGUUCCUUUUUGUAGAAAGUAUGGAGUGAAGACUAUAUGUCCAGAUGCGUUUUUCUCUUCUUUUGGUGAUGAUGAACGUUUGAUCCUCAGAGGAAAUGAAUUCAAGAAUGAAGAGAAAAAUAUUAAGGCAGCAUACGAAGUAUUCAAGAAAAAUGUAGAGAAAGCCAGUAGUGUUGAAGGGUCCGUCAGAAUGGAUCGACCACCCUAUAUUGAGGUGAUACAUGAUGAUAAGGAAAGCAAAUUGCCACAAUUAGUUUAUAUGUCACGUGAGAGGCGACCAUCGAGCCCUCAUCGUUUCAAGGCUGGAGCCUUAAAUGCUCUUCUUAGGGUUUCAGGGGUAAUGAGCAAUGCACCAUAUAUGCUUGUUUUGGAUUGUGACAUGUAUUGCAAUGACCCUUCUUCAGCCAAGCAAGCAAUGUGUUUUCAUCUUGAUCAAAAUAUUUCUACUACUCUUUCCUAUGUACAAUUCCCUCAAACCUUUUAUAAUGUUAGUAAAAAUGACAUCUAUGAUGCUCAAUCAAGAUCAGCAUACAAGAAUAAGUAUCAAGGAAUGGAUGGAGUAGGAGGGACAGUUUGUGCAGGCACAGGCUAUUAUUUGAAGAAAGAAGCAUUAUAUAGUACUCCAAUUAACCAAGAUGAUAUGACUACACUUUUUCUAAAAGCUCAAUCAGAAUACAAGUGGGAAUCUCAAUUGUAUCAAUCAGAGGAGUCACUUCAAGAGGCAGAAGAAAAGUUUGGUGCUUCUAGAAAGUUCAUCAAUUCUAUUAACUCUUUGAAUGAUCAAAGAAAUGGAAGGGAGAAUGUUCUAUGUGAUGAGACGAUUGAUGAAGCUAAAACUCUUGCUUCUUGCACAUUUGAAGAAAAUACAAGAUGGGGUAAAGAAAACUAA